AUGCUCCAGAAUCUGUGGACCAGCCCAAACACCCUCCACGCCUGCAACCACAAACUUCCAACACUUCAUCUUGAGCGUUUCUGGAAAAGGAUAAUUUCACCUGCUCUGUGCCAGGGAUCUUUACGCUUUUCGUGGUGGUUGUGUUACCAUACACCAGGGGAUCGGAGACCGCGGAGUGGUGAGGAAAGCCGUCCUCAAACUUGGGCUCCCGCCCGGCCCCGCCACAAACUCGGGGCUCAGAAGUGCUCGCGGGCCUCCCCGCAGCUGCACGCGUGUUUCCCGCAGGCCUCGCGGGGCGCCCACAGCCGACCGGGAGUCGGUCGCGCCUGGAGCCUCCCGGAGCCCCGCCAGUCCGAGCCGGUGGGUCCGAGGCGGCCGGUCUCCCGCGGCGCCUCCGCUCCGUCCCGCUCGCCACGCCUCGGGCCCGCCCCCAUCGCCGCGCCUCCCGGUUAUCCGCUCGCGCCUCCGCCGGGUGCCGGGUCAGAAACAAAGGCGGGGGGCGGGGAGCGCACGGCGGCGGCGGCGGCGGCGGCGCUACGGUCCGCCCUUCAUUCGGAGCCCGCGACGUCAGCGGCGGCGGCGGGCAUGGGCGGCGGGGGCAGCGGGGGCCCGGCCUGCGGGUAG